AUGAGUCAAAGCGUUAUUCAGAAUUAUGAAUACACAGCUUCUCAUAUCAGUGAUUACAUUAUAGAAGGUAAUUUCUUUGAUAUAUUUGAGAUCAAAGACAUCAAAAAGAUCAUGAAAAUUUCAAAUUUAACAGCGAACGACUUCACCGAUCUUCUUCAACAGUCACAUCAUACUAUCAAAACAAAUGAAUUAUAUGCCUGUACUCGAAAUUCUAAUAUUCACAUUCAAAACAUGGAAGAUGUUAUUUCAACACUGAAAUCAAUGAAAGAAUACAUGAAACUCAGAAUCCUUGGUGGUAUUAUUGACUUUUUAGAUCACAAAGCGAACGAAAUUCUUGAAUCUACAGCGAGAAUUCAAAAACUUCAAACAGAACUUAACGAAAUCCAAAAACAAAAACAAAAAAGUGACAACAACGUAAAAUCACUUCAAUUUCAACUCAAUCAAAUUAAUGAAGAAAACACUACAUUAAAGAGAAAGCUUUCUGAAAGAGAAAGUAACACAAAUCAAAAUGAAGGAAUCAAUGCUGAUAAAGAAAUUCUAUCAAAAAUUUCAAAACUCAAGGAAUCAGAUGGUUUCCAAAGUAUUUACAAAUUUAUUGAUGAGCUUUCAUCUCAAGAAAAUCAAAAAAUGAUUUCAAAAGCAUGUGAAGAAGGACUUUGGGAAAGGAAAACUCCUAAAUCUCAAUGGUCUGAUGAAAAGAAUGUACUUCAUGUAGCAAGUGAAAAAGGAAAUUUCAAACUUGUUAAAUCACUGAUUGAGUGUGGCUGUGAUAAAGAAUCAAAGAGUAAAUCUGGAUAUACUCCACUCAUUUAUGCAUCACAAAAUGGUAAACUUGAAGUUGUUCAAUAUCUUAUCUCUGUUGGAGCUGACAAAGAAGCAAAAGAUAAUGAAGGAAAUACUUCACUCAUGAAAGCAUCAGAAAAAGGCCACUUUGAGAUUAUUAAAUAUCUUAUCUCUGUUGGAGCUGAUAAAGACGCAAAGAGUAAAUAUGAAUCUACUCCACUCAUGAAAGCAUCAAUGAAUGGUCAUCUUGAAGUUGUGAAAUAUCUUAUCUCUGUUGGAGCUGACAAAGAAGCAAAGAGUAAAUCUGGAUAUACUCCACUCAUUUAUGCAUCACAAAAUGGUAAACUUGAAGUUGUUCAAUAUCUUAUCUCUGUUGGAGCUGACAAAGAAGCAAAGAAUAAUAGUGGAUAUACUCCACUCAUUUAUGCAUCACAAAAUGGUAAACUUGAAGUUGUUCAAUAUCUUAUCUCUGUUGGAGCUAACAAAGAAACAAAGAACAACGAAGGAAAAACUGCAUUCGAUAAAGCAAAAAGUAAUGCAAGAAAUUAUUUACUACUAUGCAAUUCCAUUAAUAUGAAUAAAGAAACGGCCAUUUAA